AUGUCCAGUCUUUUCGCUCUUUGCACCGUUCUAAACGGCAGCACCUUUGGACAGCUGUCAGUGGAGUGCAGGAUUCUGGACCGUGGGCGUAUAAGCGUGAUUUAUAUGGAAGGUUUUGGCAGCACAAAUCCGCGACACUUGUACGCCCCUUGCAGUCUGCAGCUAUUGUCCCACGGAGAGCAAACGAGGAAAAUAGAAAAGAGAUUUAGGGGCCAUGACCACACAUUCCCCAAACCUGAAGGCAGAUUCAGCAAGGGUCAAGAAGGGCACACAGGUGGUGAUGGAAGAGCUGGAAAAGUACUCAUCAUCCAUGAAGUUGGACAAUAUGCUGGCCAUGUCAUAUCGGCAGGAAUUGGAGGUGGACAUGGUGGAGGUCACGGUGGACACGGAAGUGGCCAUGGUGGAAGUCACGGUAUUGGCCACAGCGGGCAUAAAGGUCUCGGAAGUGGCCAUGUUGGGCUAGGAGGCAAUCAUGGAUGGUUAGGAGGUGGACACGGUAUUGGCCACAGCGGGCAUAAAGGUCUCGGAAGUGGCCAUGUUGGGCUAGGAGGCAAUCAUGGAUGGUUAGGAGGUGGACACGGUAUUGGCCACGGUGGACAUGGCGCCAGUCAUGGCGGACAUGGAGUCCACAGUGCACAUGGAGGCUAUGGUGGACAUGGAGGCAAUAAUGGGUGGUUAGGAGGUGGACAUGGAUCUGGCCAAGGCGGACAUGGGGAAGGACAUCAUGGAGGAGAACAUGAAAAAGUAAUUAUUGUUCCAGUUGUUAAAAAUGUUAAAGUUGUAAAACAUGUGCCUAUUGUGCAAAAUGUGCCAGUAGUACAGCAUAUUGCCGUUGUCGCGGGUAAAGGGGAUGGAAAUUUUCAUGGAGGACUCGGAAAUGGAGGAGGUAAAGGUGCAUACGGAGGUGGAAAUAAUCGGAAAUGGUAG